UGCGACUUUCCACACAAAAAAUUGUGCUUGUAAAAAUAUGUAUAUAGACAUUUGAAAUUCGCGCAUUUUUAACAUGACUUGUGCUAAACAGAGCAUGCGCUUGUGAUUAAAAGCGUGAGAAUAUGAUCGCUGCGCGUGCUCAAGUCAUUACAUUGUGUCGGUAUGACAGGUUUCAUAACCUGAAUAUUAGUCAACUUUAGCGAUUAUUAUUUCGCUUUCCGGGGCAGAGCGACGCUUUUUUUUGCCAGAUUCGUUCGUUUGAAGCAAAACUGUAUCGAAUAAGCACAACUACAUCGAUAUUUGAAUACCAGUGCCUAAACUAAAUAAUUACCAUUUUUUGCUUCUUUUUGUUGUCUUCGAUAUUGCCAUUAAGACACAAGACACAAGACAGUUAUUAAAAAAUUUCAAACUUUAUCACCGCAAUUUUGUCGCCCAUGAAAAGGCUCCCUAACGCUCGGUCUAUAAUUAGUCUAUGGUUUGUACGUAUCGCGUGUAUAUGGCGAUAUGUCACAUUUUCUCGUACCAUAACCUCACCUUCACAGCAAAGUAUGUUCUGUUUUGAUAUUACUAUAAGAAAUUUUUCGUAAUCAGGUUUGAAUGUAUAUUUGGAAUAAUAAAUAAAUAAGUAAAUAAAAAUGUAAAAAAAUGAAAGUAUAGAGUUAAUAAUAAGUUUUUCUUAUUUACGUAUAUUUACGUACAUUUUUAACUUGAUAUUUUUGGACUUAUUUGUAAGCAAAGUUCAUUAUGAAAAUAAUAAAUUUAAAUGUUUUUUCAAGGCGAGUCAAAUUAGUCAAUAAAAUUUCUAUUAAUAAUAUUGCGCGAUAUUUUAACAUGUCAUCAAGUGCUUUAUCUCAUACUGAUUGUAAUGAUUGUAACACAUCUUGUACGGACAUCACACAAGAUUUGGUUUUCGGUAAUCGACAGAUUAUAUCAAAUAAUGUCACAGUUAAAUUUAGUUCAAGAAUACAAAAUAACUUUCCAUUUGUGUUUCAUCCUCGAAUUGUUUCUCAUGUAAUCUUACACAAUGGAAAGAAACACGCUGGACAUAAAACUUAUCACAGUGGUCAGUAUUAUAACAGUGUCAGAUAUUUUUCGAAUUCUGGCAUCAAUUCUGCCCCUGAAAUUCAAGCUCCAAUGCAAUUUAAUGGUAUAUUCAAAGUAAUAUCAGAAAGUGUACCUGUUAAAGUCUCACAAGAUUUUUUGCUGUUGAUGCACGAUUAUACAGGCUUGUCAUGGUGGUCGGUCAUUAUUCUUACCACCAUUGUCAUGAGAACAACAGUCACAUUACCGUUAUCCUUGUAUCAGCUGUACAUAGUUGCAAAAUUGGAAAAUCUCAAGCCUGAAAUGGACGAAUUAGUCAAAGAAAUGAAAAAAGAGAUGAAUUAUGGAGUAUCUAAAUAUAAUUGGUCUAAAACAUAUGCCACACGUUUGUUCAGUCAUUCUGUAAAGAAGCAAUGGAAUAAAUUAAUUGUUCGGGAAAAUUGCCAUCCAUUAAAAGCUAGUCUAUUGGUACUAGCGCAAAUACCUUUGUGGAUAUCAUUAUCAAUGUCUAUUAGAAAUUUAUGUUAUAUGUUACCUAAACAGGAUUCCAAUGCUUAUGCUGUUUAUCAGCAGUUUACAACUGACGGAUUUCUUUGGCUGUCUAAUUUAACUAUUGCAGAUCCAUUUGUACUUCCCAUAGCAAUGGGAUUAUUUAAUUUAGCUAUUAUAGAAAUAGUUUCUAUGACGAGGGUAAAAGAAUUAACGAAAUGGCAAAGAUAUUUGACCCAUUUCUUCAGAGUUGUUACAAUUGGAAUGAUCCCUAUUGCUAUGUCUGUUCCAUCGUGUUUGAGCUUGUAUUGGGCAACUAGUAGUGCGUUUGGUUUUUUCCAAAAUUUAAUCUUGUUGUCUCCGAAGUUACGUCGUUUCGCAAAAGUGCCUAUAACUACAUCCGAAUCACCGCAUCCGUAUUUGGCAUUACGUAACAGGAUAGCAUCUAGAUGUCGUUUUAAAAAGAAAAUAGAAAUCUCACCGAAGAUAUAAAUAUAUUUUUUAAUUGUUAAUAAAUAAUUUGUGUGCAUAAGUUUUA